AUGGACAACCAGAGCAACAAGCCACACCGGACGAGCAAAGGCAAGGCAAAGGAGAACACCGGAGAGCUCAGAGGAAGAAAUCCAAAGGCGUUUGCGCCCGCAUCUGGCAGGAGAGCCGAAAAGAAUGCUAGGAGGAACGUCGAGAAGGAUCAGACGAGGCUGCACGUCCCUGCCAUCGAUAGGACUUUUGGCGGACAUGGCGCAGGUCAAGGGAUGUCCAGCGUACUCGGUCAAGCAGACAAGGAGGAAGGGCCGCCUCCCAUCAUCGUUGCUGUCAUUGGCCCGCCUGGCGUCGGCAAGACGACGCUCGUCCGCAGUCUCGUCAGACGGUACACAAAGACGACCCUGUCCGACAUUCGCGGCCCCGUCACUGUCGUGACAGGCAAGGCACGUAGGCUGACGCUCGUCGAAUGCCCAAAUGACCUGGGCGCGAUCAUCGACAUCUCUAAGGUCGCAGAUCUCGUGCUGCUUCUGAUCGACGGUAGCUUCGGUUUCGAGAUGGAGACUUUCGAGGCUCUUUCUGCGCUAUCCUCUCACGGCAUGCCUAAACUCAUCGGUGUCCUCACUCAUAUCGAUCUUAUCAAGUCACCUGCCUUGCUGAAAGCCCAGAAGAAGCGCCUCAAGACCCGAUUUUGGACCGAAGUCUAUGAUGGCGCCAAACUGUUCUAUCUUUCGGGCGUGAUCAAUGGUCGCUAUCCAGACAGAGAGAUCCUCAACCUUUCCCGUUUCAUCUCGAUUGCUAAAUUCAGACCUCUCACUUUCCGCAACACACACUCCUACAUGGUCGCCGAUCGACUGGAAGAUCUCACCCCUCGAGAACAGAUACGCACGCGACCUGAACAAGAUCGGACGAUAGCCCUUUGGGGCUACCUACGAGGCGUACCUCUACGUGCGCCUUCUGCAGCCUCGAGCGUCAGAGUACACAUCCCCGGCUCGGGCGUCGAUGCAUUCCAAGUCGAUCAGAUGACGCCGCUGCCAGAUCCUUGUCCGCUGCCGACGCAGGAGAGCGAGAAGCGUCGGAAGCUGAGCGAGAAGAACAAGCUCGUCCAUGCGCCGAUGAGCGGCGGUGCUGGCGGCGGUGUCGUCUUUGACGGCGAGCGUAUCUGGAUUAACACUGCCGGCACCUUCACCAAGCGCUCGGCAGAAAACGAAGAUGGUGCGAAUCCGGAGCUCGUCGGUGAGGGCGAGCGCAUGGUCAUGGACCUCCAAGAUGUCAAUUCGACUCUGCGUCAAGGUAUAGCCAGCAGCCAGAUCCGUCUUCUCGGCUCUUCGCGAGACCCGUUGCAGAUCGAGAACAAUGAUCCUUCAGACGACGAGGAUCUCGAAGAUAACGAGAUAGGCGACAGUGACAGUGCAGACGAUGUGGACGUGCUCGAAAGUGACAUCGAUGAUAAUGUCACGCGCCUGAGGGAGAGCAGACGUCCUGCGCUUGCAGGUCGCGCGCAGCUAGAUCCGCAGCUAGAGUCAGACUCUGACGACGAAGCUGCGUUCGCAGAGAGCGACUCAGAGCUGGGCAAUGAAGCGAGCGAGGCCGAUCAUGGAACUAGCAGCGCAGAUGAGAUUCCCAUCCUGCCGCAAUGGAAGCAAGAUUUAGCAAGCAAGGCAGCGCAGGCUUUCGCUUCUUCGACCGCGCGUCGCAAGCCUGAUCUCAUGAAGCUCAUCUAUGACAGCGAAUUGACACCUCUCGAGAUCUGCUAUGGCGCUGCAGAGGAGGUCGUACGAGACGCAGAUUUGACGGACGACGACAACCUCUUUGUCGUGCGCAAGCCGACCGAAGUGCUUGCUGAACGAUUGGAGGACCGUUCGCGUGCGCCGCUCGACCUUGAUCGUCUCAGGUCAUGGGAGAAUCCUGAGACGCUGAUGGCGCUGCGCAGCCGAUUCAUUACAGGCGACAACGUCACGGCGGUGCCUGCAUCGAAUGCGUACGAAUCUGACGGCGAAGGCGCAGACUUUGAAGAUCUCGAAGGCGAAGACAGCGCAAGCAAACUGGCGGAAGCAAGCGAGUCUGCUGCCGACGCGCAAGUGGACAGUCGAGCUGCGUUGCAAGCAAAGAAAGCCGAAUUGAAGCGCAAAUUUGACCAACAGUACGACGACUCGAGCGAUGACGAGGGCAAGAAAGACUUCUACACCGAGCAGAAAGAGGAGAUGGCCAAGCGUCUGAGAGCUACCCGAAUCGAAUUUGCAAACGACGAUCUGGAGACUCGAGCUCUCGUCGAGGGGCAUCGUCCUGGAACAUAUGUCCGCAUGGAGAUCUCGGGCGUGCCAAGCGAGCUCGUAGAGCAUUUCGAUCCUACCUUCCCUCUGGUCGUCGGCAGUCUGACGUCCCACGAGGAAAACAUGGGCUUCGUACAGAUGCGAUUGAAGAAGCACCGAUGGCAUUCGAAAAUUCUCAAGACAAGCGAUCCCCUCAUUCUCAGCAUUGGCUGGCGGCGCUUUCAAACUGUGCCGAUCUACUCGCUUGACGAUGGCACGCGGAAUCGCAUGCUCAAGUAUACGCCAGAGCAUAUGCAUUGCUUGGCUACAUUCUACGGGCCCACCGCCACACCCAAUACAGGUGUCUGUGCCUUCAACACGAUUCGCAAUGAGCAGCGCGCUUUCCGCGUGUCUGCAACCGGCGUGGUGCUGGAAGCCAGCGGCUCUACGCAGAUCACCAAGAAGAUCAAGUUGACCGGCAUACCUUACAAGAUCUUCAAGAACACUGCUUUCGUCAAGGACAUGUUCACGACAGCAUUGGAGGUAGCGAAAUUUGAAGGGGCCAAUAUUCGCACCGUCUCUGGUAUUCGCGGCCAGAUCAAGAAGGCACUUGCCAAGCCCGAAGGAUGCUUCCGAGCAGCCUUCGAAGACAAAGUGCUGGUCAGCGAUAUCAUCUUCUUGCGCGCUUGGUACGAGAUCCAUCCUCGCAAGUUCUACAAUCCGGUUGGCUCUCUUCUGCUCGAAGAUAAGUCAUUGUGGACUGGCAUGCGUCUGACUGGCGAAGUGCGACGACACGAAGGCGUGAAGACGCCAAGCAACAUCAACUCGCUCUACAAGCCCGUUGAACGUCAAACACGCCGCUUUAACCCGCUCAAAGUUCCCCGAAAGCUCGAGGCAUCUCUGCCGUUCGCCAACAAGCCAAAGGAAAUGCUGCCACAGACAAAGCAAACAUACAUGCAGAAACGGGCAGUGGUGCUGCAGCCGGAAGAAAAGAAGGCGAUCGGCCUGCUACAACAAAUUCAGGCAAUACAGAAACAGAAGCUCGCCAAACGCAGCUCGAAGCAGACUGAACGCAAGCAAGAGCGUCUCAAGAAGCUUGCAAAGGGCGAAGAGGCCCGGCAAUCGAGGGAAAAGCUAUCGCGCAAAGAGUAUUACCGCGAAACUGGUAUCAUUGAAAAGCGAAAGGCAGACGGAGAAGACACAAGCAAGUCACGCAAACGCUCGCGGUCCUAG